AUGUCUACCAAGACCGCCGUUUUGACUGAUAAGGCUCCCAAGCCCCUCCCGGGUAUCUACUCCCAGGCCAUUAUCGCCAAUGGCGUUGUAUACUGCUCAGGCGCUGUCCCAAUGGACCCCACUACUGGAAAGCUCAUUGAUGGAGAUGUCAAGGCCCACACUCACCAAUGCAUUAAGAACCUCACACACAUCCUUGAAGAGGCAGGCACCGAUAUUACCAAGGUAGUCAAGGUCAACGUAUUCUUGUCCAAUAUGGACGACUUUGCCGAAAUGAACUCUGUAUACAUGCAAUAUUGGGGCGAUGUGAAGCCAUGCCGAACAUGCGUUGCGGUUAAAACACUACCACUCAACACGGAUGUGGAAAUUGAAUGCAUUGCAGUACUCUAA